GGCAAGGUCUGCAUGGUUGCUCACAUUUAAACAGGCAGCACAUGCCACCACCAACACCCCCUCCAACCAACUUUCAUACAUUACUACCUUCUAGUUUUAUAUGCACACUGUUUUGUUUUUUACAAUGUCAUCCAGUACAUGUCUACUCAAAGGUAACUUAUAGCCUUCCUUAAGCACAUUUCAUGAGGAAUGGAAAUGGAGGCCACUGAUCAAGCUACAAGCAGUCGGCUCAGACCUCGGCAAACGGAUAAGGAAAUAUUAUCUGAGUUUGAUGGUUCCUCAAAAGAGGAUGAAGAUUUCCUUGCUGGGCUAAACCCAGAAGAGAAGGAAUGCUUAGAGUACUUUCUACAAACCAUCAGCGCUCUGGAUGAGGAUAUCUCAGAAGAGGUUGGUGAAGGAUGUCAUGAAGAAAUGGCAGGCUCUGUAGGUUCUGAGGACCAAAGCAAGAGCAGUUUGGACCCCAGCAUGCAGCGACCGACGUCUCUGGAGGCAGCCCCAGCAACACCUGUUCCUUCCUCAGCAGCUUCCAGGAGUAAAACUAUCAGGUCCCUUUCUCAAGACGUCGGUGACAGCUCUCUGAGAAGCAGGAGCAACUCUGAUGAUAUCAAACCUGGAGAGUCUUAUAGAUCAAGAAACUCUCAUCCGAUCCGGUUGAGAAAGUUUGACACGAUCGUGAGGUCAGGGGUUAAUGUUCAGGAGCUCCGCUCUCGUUUCCUCCUUCACCUUGAUAGCUCUGCCAGUGUUGAGAGGGAACCCAGAGAAGGAGGUGCUAGAACAAUGAAUCAACUGGGACCAUUGACUGGCAUCCAGAAGACCCCUAAAAACGAAGCCCUGCAGAAAUUAGGCCUCCUCCAGAGAAAUUCAAGUGCUCCAAAUAUGAAAAUCCCUCUGGUGCCCAUGACAGGUCAGCAGGACCAAAUUUCAUUGGGUGGAAGCCUGGGCCCUGAAAGAAACGCAGGUUCCAUCAACACACCUGAAGAACCUUUAUAACAUCUGUCACUCCAAGGACUUGUGUUUCCUCUUAGUAAACCUCUGGGAGUGAGAGGAAAACGUAAAUUCCUCCAGUACGGAACAAAGAACAGUUUCUUCCCGAUAUACUAAACAAUCUUCUGCACAACAACUUGGAGUCUGGGAAAAAAAUCACUUUCGGGAUCACAGUUCCCAGAAUCCCCCAUGCUAGCUAGAGAAUUGUAUGAGCUGUUGUCCAAAAAGAUAAAUUCUGUGGUAAAUUUACCACAGGCACUCUGGUAAAUCAUGACUAACUAAUGGAACCAAAACAGCCACAUCAUAUGAUGUGUGAAGGCUAAUUUGGUAGCAACACAUGAUACUUCUUCCUGUGAAUGGCAGCUGCCUGCCUGCGGUGUUUGAUUCCACCACCAGACUUCACAUUGAAUCCUUAUCUUCCUUGUGUUGCUUCCUGAUUUUGUUUUGUUUCAUUUUGUACAAAUGCACCUGUCACUUUGCAUAACUUGCAAUAAUUAUUUGGAAGCCUAGCAUUCCAAGUCAGAGCAGAAUGUACUGGCUGAUUUUCUUCUACAGUAUCUGUAAUUUUCUGCUAUCUAGAAUAAUUACACCCAAGGACACGGUCUUCUGAUUUGUUUGGUUUUUUAAAAAAAAAUAAAGAUUGUAUUUGACUUUUGAUGUGCUCUAGGCCUA